UGAGGUCUGGCCAGGCCUUGUUCAUCUGUGCUGGCCGGCUUUUGGGGCAAGAAUAUUCCAAAAUAACACGUCAAGUGCUUUGACAAACCCGACGCUGCUGUGCUGGGCAUCCCACAGGCUCUCAGCAGGUGGAUUCACUCCGGUGACUUGCAAACCUCCCAGCGCAAGGUGUGCGGCACGUGUUCCCUCUGCAUGACGCUGCGUAUUUAUUCACAGCUCUGUGAGAUCAGCUGCAGUGCAUUUUCAUUCUGUGUAUUGUUCUCUGGGGCUGGUGAUGCCAUCGCAUUGUGCUGAGUUUUUAAGAGUGCGAGCAGCACUGCUGAUGUGACUCCCUGGGAGCCUACUUUCCACUAGCCCGGGAUAAAAUUCAGUGGUUCGUUCUCUGUCGGACGUACACGCGUGCAGGGAGACAGGCACGCCGACAGCGAUGGGGUUAGUAUAGCUGGGACACUGCUGGAGCUAUGCAGGAUUCACCCAGCUCUCUGGUGAUGGAUGGGUACUCCAGCAAUGUGCCGGCCUUCCUCACCAAGCUCUGGACGCUGGUGGAAGAUCCCGAAACGAAUCACCUCAUCUGCUGGAGUACGAAUGGCACCAGCUUCCAUGUGUUCGACCAGGGACGGUUUGCCAAAGAGGUGCUGCCCAAGUAUUUCAAACACAACAACAUGGCCAGUUUCGUCCGGCAGCUGAACAUGUAUGGCUUCAGGAAGGUGGUGAACAUCGAGCAAGGGGGGCUCGUCAAGCCCGAGCGGGACGACACCGAGUUCCAGCACCUCUGCUUCCUGCAGGGCCAUGAGCACCUCCUGGAGCACAUCAAGAGGAAGGUGUCAGUAGUGAAAAGUGAGGAGACCAAGAUGCGCCAGGAGGACCUCAGCAGGUUGCUAUAUGAGGUACAGAUACUGAGAAGUCAGCAGGAGAACAUGGAGUGUCAAGUGCAGGACAUGAAGCAGCAAAAUGAAGUUCUUUGGCGAGAAGUUGUUUCUCUCCGGCAGAACCACUCACAGCAGCAGAAGGUGAUCAACAAGCUGAUUCAGUUUCUGUUUGGCCAGCUCCAAUCAAACCCUAGCGGCGCUGGGAUAAAGAGGAAGCUGCCUCUGAUGCUCGACAAUGGGUUGGCAGCUCCACAAGUGUCCAAGUUCAGCCGACAUUUGCCUACGGACCCCCUCCACGACCCCUAUUUCAUACAGUCGCCAUCGACAGAACCUGCCUCUUGCUUAAACAGCCCUGCAAUCGUUGGAGGACCCAUCAUAUCUGAUGUUACGGAAACAUCACCAUCCAACAUCAUAAAUAUGCAGUCCCCUUCUGAUAAUGACAGGGAGAAGUGCCUCAUGCUGAUCAAAGAAGAGCCAGUGAGCCCUGGAGUGAAAGCCAGCACCGAGCCUGACGUGCCAGGCUGCAGGGCCUGCCCCGAGCCCCCUGUGCUCCCAGUCGCCAUGGUUCAGUCUGUGCUGGAAGGCAAAGGCAGCUGUGGGGCAGUGCCCCCAGGGACCUCGCAGCCACCGGAGAGAAGAGGCAGAAGAGCACUGCUGGACAGAACAGAUAUUUCAGACCCCUUGGAGGGCACCGACUGGAGUUUGGAAGGGGUGCAGCUGCUGCUGCGGAGCCAGCAGUACGGCCUGGAGCCUGCCAGCCUCCUGGACGUCUUUAAUCCCAAUUUAUCUAUGAGUGAGUGGAAUUUGGCUGAAAUGGAAGCCAGUCUGUCCCCGAUGCAGCGACUCACGGUGGAUCUGGAGAAGAAUGCGACUGAGCUGUCAUCAAAAGUGUUCAACCCAUCCUUUAACAACACCUGCACAGGGAAAGAUGUCGUUCUGGAAAGUGCCCAGCAGUUUCUCACUGAUCGUCAGUCCGUCUUUGGAAGUGACAUCAUCAGUUUGCCUGAAAAUUCAUCACUUUAUGUUCCACCUGAAAAUAUGGCUUCCUACCUGUCUUCUGUGGGCGUCCAAGGGGAUAUCCCCUUAAACCUGAGCUCUUCCACUGACAACAACCAGUGACGUAGCUUCCAAGACAUCAUCUCCCUCCCACCCAUCCAAGCAUCCACAGGUUUGAAUGUAAAGAAACAAAAGUGACUCAGAAACCCACAAGAGAGUUAUUGUGACCUUUCUUUUUGAGUAGAUGGAAAUGGUCAGUAGUUGUUGCAUUAACUGCUCUGCCCCUGGACUUCAGUGUUUGUCCAGGAUAAUGAUUUUAAAACAAAAUGCUGCUCCUGGUGCUUGCUCCUAUUUGGGGCGAGAACUCGGUAGGAGCUGUUUUUCUUGAAAAUGCUUUUACAAAUUUCAAACCUUCUACGAAAAUUUGGGUGACAAGUAGCUUGAAAGUCCAUCGAGGAAAUCCUGUAAUAAAGUAAUCCCUAUUAGUGUCUGCAAUGGCAAACUGCUGGAUUUUACUGCAGCAGCACAGAUCAGCUAAGAGAUGCAUGACCCUUCUGAAUGUGUUUUUUUAUAAGUAGGAAAUUAAUUCUAUGUGCCAGAUCAAUGCUCUGAAAUUAUUCUCUUAUUAUCCAUUUUCAGUUUUUGAUGGGAUGUGCUUGUGCCUCUCCCUUAUCUUCCUGGGAUGAGCUAGGAAAAUGAAGAUCCCUCAGGGUGUGCAGAAGAUAGUUUUGUGAGUGACCUCUCCAAGAAUGUGUCUCUGGCCCUAGGGGAGCUACAGACCAUUGCAGACCCCACAAACAUCCCAUCCUGAGUUGAGAGGGUUGUUUUUCCCCCAGUUUAUUUUCUCUAACAUAAAGGCAGGGCACUCCAUUCUUUAAAACAGAAUAAGGGGUAGACUCUUCUGUACAUGCAGUUUUCCAUUUUCAAACAGGACUGAGAGGGCGCAGUCCUGGUUUUAAUGCUGGCUGAGUAUUUCAUGUCCAGUCUGAUGACAUUUUUCCUUGGCCUUGACCUGUUCUAUUUCCCCUGAAGAUGUGCCUGUUGGUUUAUUAACGUUUGAAAUCUGAUGAAGCAGUUUAAUUGAUUGGAGCCCCUUUUUAGGAGGACUCUCAGAUGCAGGUACCUGCUCAGUGUAGGACAGAGGCAGAAGGGUUAGUCCACCACGUCCCACUACCUUUUCUUCUGGCCUUUGUGCAUUUGAGACCAGCCUCCAAAGGUUGAAUGAAUCUUCCUCUUCCAUGUGGUUUCUGACGACUGAGUUUCUCAACAAAGCAGAGCUUUGUUUUUUUAUGCUGUAGUUCUAAUGAGAACAUAUUAUUUAUCUCAGUAUCCUCUAAUUGAGUUGCUUUUCCUUAAGAAAGCCACCCAAAUGCAGUUAGACCCAGGAAAUUCACCUAACUCAGGCCUUCUAAGGGCUUGGACAGGGAAGUAUAAACCAUGCCAAUGUCAUUUGAAUAAAUGUUCUGCUAACUUCCAUUGCCAUGGUGAUUCUUGGUACUAAAUCGUAUUUCUGAGCAUCUAGAAUGGUCAAGCAGCAUCCACGCAAAAAUGUAGGAUGAAUGCAAGCUCAAAUUCUUCUUAAUAAGAGAUGCAUGUUUUAAAUAGACUUCCCUGUCACAGCCCAUUUCUCCAUCCAUUUCUCAGUGUGUGAAAAGUUCAGAAACACUCACUUCUGAGCCCAUUUCUUCCCAGCUAGCUACUGUGUGCUGGGAGCUCUGUCACCACUGUAGUGGGACAGACUUUGCAGAAGUGAUGUUGUGAGAGCUUCUGAAUUAAUUCCAUCCACUGUUUUUGUGUUCAGGACUAAGGGAAAAUUCUGGCAGCCCCAUUGGCCUAGUAUUUAGAUGAUGUUCUUGAGUGUAGCAUGGACAAGGUUUCCUUUUUGACAGAUUUUGCUUAGGAAGCUCAUCUAGAUCAGCCCAUUUGCCACUGUAUUUUGUCAUUUCCAGCAAUGGAAACGUGUUGAGUUGCAGUCUGUUUGCUUCUUUUCUCAAAGGAAAUUGAAAACUCUCUGGUGUCUCUUAUCACCAGAUGGAGUAUGUUAUCCCUGUUCAGUUUUACAUCCUUCUUUGAACCUUCAGACACUAGAUUGCCUUAAUGUUAAUGCUGAAUGUAUUGAUUCCAUAAGGUAUUUUGAGCAGAUGUAUAACUUCAAGCUUUUGAGCAGUUUUCCUCAUUUUUAUCAAGUCUGUCAUAUGCCUGAAGUUGGACAUGUGCUUGGGUGUCUUACUGGAUUGUCUAGUUGUGGGUGAAAAAUGAACCAUUUAGGAGAGCUACUUGUGAGUAGACAAAGGCAAAGCUCAGUCAACGAGGGGGCCUGGCACCAUCUUAGACUGCAGCAUUUUUAUAGGGGUAAGUGGCAGGCUGUACUCACUGCGAGCAGCCACUCCUGGAUGGUUCCUGGGUUUUUCUUUAAGCUUUUUGCUCUGCUAUAAACAUGAGAUCGGAGAUUGGUGGAGUGAGGGUAACCUCCAGGAGCAGCAUUCAAGAACCACUCCUGUGAAGAAGCAGGCUUGUGUUCCUUGGCUUUUUACAUUGUUAAUUUUACUUGAAGGUGAUGUGCUGAGACUGUGUUUUUGCACUAUGCUGUACAUUUGUAAAGUUUUACAGAAAACACUAAUUAAAUAUGUUUCCUUUUUCUCA